AUGGGUGAUAAUUCUCAAUCUCAAUCCCCAAGAACCUUAUUGAGUCAAGUAACUAGUGGUCUUAACAUGGGUUUCAUGCCACCAGUGAAUUCAAUGAACCAAAUCAACAUGGUUUUCAUGCCAUCAAAUGCUUUUAGUAAUGUCCAAAACUUUGACUGCAACUACUUGUCGGUACAUCAUAAACACAUGACAUACAUGAACAUGCUUAUUGGUCCUACCAAUUAUCAUUAUUUCAAUCAUAAUUCAUCUAAUACAUCAAUCGGAAGUAACAAAAGAUCACCCAUAGAAGAAGUGGCAUGCAUUAUACUUGAUACAUCUACGGAGAAGAAAUCAACAAAGAAGAGGAAGUUAAAAAUUGAUAGUUGGGAUGCAGUUACAAAGACCAUCACUGUGGAUGUUGAUAGUCUAGAUAGAUGGAGGGAGGAUAAGAGUAAUUAUAUACACUACUUCGAUGAGAACCCCUCUCAACCAAACCCUAAGGACAAUUCUACUACUACAAACUCCAAGUCAACUAGAGGUGUGAGCAAUGCUAAAAUCCUUAAAAUAAAUAGUAGCAAAGGAAAGGGUGCUAAAACUAACAGGAACACUAAACUUAUGAAACAAAUGGUUGAAGAGGUAAAAUGGUUUUCAGAAACUAUGAAAUCAGUUAACAUGCAUUGGACUGAGAAACUUGGAAAAGCUAUCUUUGCUUAUAAAGAACUUGCAUUGGUAAAAGUAAAACUCAUUGCAGGAAAGAGUUUUGAUCCUUCAUCAAGUGUCGGUCAACAAAAUCAUCAGAUAUUGUGUUGUGCUUACCAUGCUAAUGGAACUGUAUUUGUUACUGGUAGCUCAGAUACAUAUGCAAGGGUUUGGAAUGCUUGUAAAAGCAACCCGGAAGACUCUGAACAACCAAAUCAUGAGAUGGAUCUCCUAUCCGGCCAUGAAAAUGAUGUUAACUAUGCACAAUUCAGUGGCUGUCCGGUGGCAUCUAGAACUUCUACAGCUGAUUCUUUUAAGGAGGAUAAUGUUCCAAAGUUUAAAAACUCCUGGUUCACUCAUGACAACAUAGUUACAUGUUCUCGCGAUGGAAGUGCUAUUAUUCGGAUUCCAAAAUCACGCAGAUCCCAUAGAAAAGUUGGGCGCUGGACACGUGAUUAUCAUCUUAAGGUUCCUCCACCUCCAAUGCCUCCGCAGCCUGCUCGUGGAGGUUCACGGCAAAGAUUUCAGCCCACUCCUCGUGGUGUUAAUAUGAUUGUUUGGAGCUUGGAUAAUCGUUUUGUGCUUGCUGCUAUCAUGGUGCAACUAGACUCGAGAUUUGCUUAUGCUCAUACACUAUGCGGCCAUGAGACAUUGAAGCAUUUGGAGCAGGUUAAGGACUUCACUCCAUGUGAGAGCAGCAUCUACGCGUUGAUGGGGAAGAUUCACAAGAGGCUUAAUAUGCAUGCUAAGGACAUGUUCUACUUUGGUAUUGCAUUGGACCUGAAGCCUCCAGCAGCUGAUGUUGCUGCUAUCAAGUCUGCGAUGGAGAAAUUGCAUCUCCCAGAUGAAUUGGAGGACAACUUAUAGAUUCAUUUCCUCAAAACUCAGAAGGUGCAACAAGGGCUCAAUUGGCUUGGCCGCAUGCUUGGGCUUUCGGGCUAUCUUCUGGAAAGCAGACUUUCAAGAUACUAUUGAAGACAACCCAUUCUUGAAGAAAGCGGUAGCUAACCUCUAACAUUGUAUUACUCGUCUCAAAUGUAACAUUAAUCAUUCAGUUUAGUAGCUUUAGUGAGUCAUCGAGUGAAACAUUUGUACUGAGAGCAUGACUGAUAAUGCAUGUAUAAUGUUUGGACGCUUACAUCAUAGUGAAAGGAACUGCAUAAAUACAGAGGAAAACAGUGCAUUGUUGGUAGAUGAUGGCUGUUUGCCUUCUUAACUUGUAAUUCUUUUACAUUCUUAUAAGUUUCUCUCGAA